AGCCAAAAUUUCACCAUUUUUUGGCUUUGGGGUGUGAUGGAAUAAAUCAAAAUGGAUCUCUAAACUGUCUGCGCUUCUUUAAUUAAUGAAGUAGCAGUUAGUCAAGCAAUGCAACUUUCGACGUUGAGCCGGGGGUCUCUUUGGAAACAGCCUCUCUACUUUCGAGUAGGGGCAAGGUCUGCGUACACACACCCUCCCCAGACCCUACUCUUAUUUGUGGUGGGAUGUUGAUUUUCGUCAACGAGAAGUCUGAAAACAGAUCUUUGCGAUGAAAACGGAUCUUUCCAUCUGGCAGUUCACCGAUUGCCGUCCAAAAUCUGGAGGCAUAGACGACAGAAUAGGUCAAUGUGAUGAGCUACAUGAUUCAUCUCUUUACUUUGCUCCCCAUCAAUGCAAGCACUAUCAUCGUGGAAAAAUAGCAUCUGUUCUCGCCAAGAACUUGCAAGGACGUGUUAAGCAUGCGGGUACACCACUGUAGGGUUGAUGUUGGGAAUAGGUGAGGGUGAUUGGAGGUUGGCGGCACUAUGAUUGUCUGGAGUCCAACUCUUCACUUUGACAGAGAAAGGGCUUGGCCUUUCCUAAGACACCAAGAAUACUCAAGAUAAAAAAGCCAUUAUUCCAACUAAGAGAAUAUACUCCAUAUAAGAGAUACCUGAAAACUAAUUGGAAACAAAUAGCUUAAUGAAUACUUGGGGUAUUA